AUGAUAACGAGGAUACCCUUCCGUCCCAAGCCGCUGCCGGCUAUUGAUUUGAGCGCCCAGACUCUGAGAUGGGCUUCAUAUGACAGGGCAGCGCUGACGAAGGAUGCACUGAAAAAGCGAGUCGAAUCGGGCUUUGACAACAAUGGCGACAGUACUAUACACUUGAACACAGACGGUAUGACAAUAUCGACCGCGGCAGGCGACCUGCCAGUGUCCCCGAUCUUCGACCCAGACUGGAUGAAGGCGCGGCGACGGCAACGAAAGGACAAUCCAAGCAAGCCUAUGGGCAGAUUUAGGAAAAAGUUGGCCAACAACCCUUACGCCCAAGCGCUUGCGACACCCAUACGACUGUGCCCCAUAACGAGGACCGAGUUACCGCGAUACUUCCUCCAAGAUUUCGAAAUGGUCAAACACCCCGAAGACGGCUCACCAUGGUGGGCUCCAGGCACAGCGUCCUCCGAAAGCCUCAAAGACCAUAGGAAGGCACCCAAAGACGGAAAUGAAACCACUGACCCUAGGAUAGCAGCAGGACAGCCACAACCUACUGCCGUUCGUGGUCUACCUUCUUCGCCCACAUCGAACACGCGACCGCAACGUGGCCCCUUGAUAAGCUACGCAUUAUCACGAAAAUCAAUAAUUGAUAGCAUGGGCCGCGAGGGCCGGGGAGGUGCCGCUAUGCUUCUCAAAACUCGGACGGGUAUGGCAUUGGCAGCCAAGAACAGACGUGCUGUGUGGAGGAAAGACAUGGGAGAUCUCCUUUUGGAAAUGAUGCGACGCCAAGUGGUCGAUGCCCUGAAAUCCUGGGCGGACAUUGAGGCAGAAGAGGACAACAGAAUACUUCAGCCUUGUAAGAACUGGGACGACGUGAAAGACGCCAAGCCUCGAGGAUGUGUUCUAUGGUUCCCCGAUCAAGCGGAUGUCGCGAAGCAAUUUGCGACGUUUGAUAUUGACGGAGCAAAAUACGGUAGCAAAGUCAUGGUGCACAAUUUGCGAUGGCUACUUGGGGAGUCUGAGGCUCAGAGACUAAGAGACGCUUCCAGACUUUUCCAUGACAACGAGAUCCUGGUCUUGAAGCAGUGGAGGCGCAAGGCGGUGAUGGAACUUCACCUUUCGCUAUGGCGGUUGCAUGGGUAUUUGGCUGAACCGCCGUCUAUGUAA